AGCAGCGUUCGUCGAGGGCAGAAGUGCCUCCUUAUACUUUGAUGUGAUUCGGUUCCCCCUUCUUCAACCGCAGUCGGUCGUCACACCCACUCGUUUAGUACCAGAAGCGCGCGGUUUUAUUUCUUUUUUUAAUUUUCGCGGUGUACUUCUUCCGCCUUUGCUGUUUAAGUACGGUUAAGAUUCGUUUUUUUAUUGGCUUGCGGCUUGCUUUAUUGGGUUGAGAGGAAGUGGUAGCAUGAAAAAAACGCCAACCGUGGCAAGCGGAAUCUAAUUUCCAGGGCUAGAUGGAAGACCGCAUGGUUUGCUGAGUUCAAUUUCCAAUUUGUCACGGUGCUGCCCCAUGAGGAAAAAGAGAGCCCAGACGGAAGAGCGGUUCGCCUGGAGAAAGGUCGAAAAACUGUUCAAGCCACGAGAAAAUGAAGAGUGUAUAUGCAGUUAAAUAUAGAUUUUCCUCCUGAGUGGUGUUCAUAACGUGUAUGGAGGAAAAGUGGAAUAAAAAUUAAUCAAUCGAUUUUCAUAUGCGGUGGUGAACGUUGUAACGAAACUAGAAGACAGAGUGAGCGGGCUUGAUAUUGAGCUAAAAUUACGCUUGGCGCGCGUUCGAAACUACAGUGCUCGUCGUAGGAAGUGCAAUCUGUGGAUGCGGUAGAUUCACGACAUUUGCAUUUGAAUUCAAUUCAAAGUGGUUGGCACAUGAAAGUAGAAAGUGGAAUCAUUUCCGCAACGCUUAGCCAGCCCCCGUUGAAGCUGCUGCAUUGAAUGCACAAUUCGGUUUAGGGGAGAAGCGAUGGCAAACAUUGACUUGAGGUCAAAACGAAUAUCGAGAAAUAGAUUUGCAGAAACGUGUAGACAAACCAGUAUCUUACAAAAUAAAUUCAAACAACUCCACUGCAAAUUCUUCGUAUGAACAAAGGGUGCACAUCACAGCCAUCUGCCUGAACUUGGAACCCAUACAAAGUGUGAAUGAGAUAUCGAACGAAGCUGGGUACUGCGCAAACGCUCAUUUUCCUAAAUCUGUCGAAUCGGGACAGGCCACGAAUCGAGCUUGGUUGCAUGUUUAGUGAAUGAAAUUUUCACGGGGAUAUCCACCUAACAGAACAGCAUUCCCGUUUUGCAGUUGCACGUUUCUUCUCUUCUGCGUUCUGUGCUCUGAAACGCGAUCACGGGUAGGCAUACGGGAGAGUGGUCCAGAGAGUACGAAUGAUAAAUAAAAAUAACAAAAAUUUACCUCGAACCACGGCAAAGAACGGAGAAGCAAAGCGACACAAAGAUACGCAGAUCACCAAGACAGUCUCAAAGAACUAACAGCAACAGCGAACGAGACGAGCGCUUCACCGCUGAGAAUCUCCUUAGUUUAUUCCAUAGCAUCGUAGAAUAUAGAACAGAGCAUCACGGUCUUUAGCACCACGUGGUCGCAAAUCACGAGAGCGGGCGUUCAUUGUCUGUCGAAACGGGGCAUCCACUUCUCAGCGUGCCAAUACUGCACGGGGGAACCCGGAACCCCUGGAAGAAAGUGAAACCAGCCGCGUAAAAGUGUGUCGAUUUUUAACAAGAAAGCUGAAUUUCUCUCAGUCGCUGCAAAUAGCCAACAAGCACUGACUGGUGGUAUAGAGUGUGGACAUUGUGUGCGAAUCCUAACAAAAGCUCUUCACGGAAAGGCACAGACGCGGAGAAGUGAUUAUUGUCUACGGUUGAUGAUAUAAUCAAAGCAGAGUAUCUCUUCUCCAGACUGUAGUGUUUUGGCUAAGCCGAAGAAAAGACAACCAAGCGAAGUAAUAAACGACCAGUGCACAAAAUAUCCACCACCGUAAACAGCCUGUGUGUGAAAGUGUAUUUCAAGUGGCUAAAACACAGUUUGCAAAUGUGAGACGAGUUAGCACUCGAUUGAUAAUUCAGUGAGUCCAUUUUGAGGAAAACAGAAAACGAACAAAAUGUCCCUGGAACUGGUGUUGCUAGUGGCCGCCGCCGUUGUGGCCGUGUUUGGAUACGUUCUAUUCGUUAGGAUUCGGAUGCGAGAAAAAGAUGACGCAUUCAACCGAAACGAAAAGAACGACGAUCGCAGACAGCAGAAGCAGUCAGGACCGGGCGGUGAACCGGCAGCUGCAGCUGCUUCCGGUGCUGCAGGCAAGCCGAGCCGCAAAACCGCAGCCUCCAAUGCGGCGACCACCGUCAAGAAGCAACGCACGACCGACGCCAACUAUCAGCACCCAUGGCUGUACACGACACUGAAAGGACACACCGGACAGGUGUUCGAUAUGGAUUUCUCCCGGAACGGGAAAUACUUGGCGACAUGUGCAGAAGAUUCGCCUUCAGCGCAGUCGAGCAGCGGCAAUCAUUUAAUUAAUGGCAAUAUUAAUGAAAAUGAUGAACAAAAUGCUACCACGCGCUCGCUAUCGCCGGCGUCUUCAUCGGCGUCGUCUUCGGCCUUCAGCGUCAGCGUCGUGAACGAUGGCAAAGUGACCAACAGCGAUACUAUCAGGUGUUCGGGUAGUAGUAGUGGAAUCAAUAGCAGCGGCCUGAGCAAUUCCAGUGGCGGCAGCAGCAGCAGUAGUAGUAGUGGUGGCAGUACCCGCGGUGAAGAAUUACCGAACGGUCAAGGUGCCAGCAAAAAACAGCGCCGAUAUACGAAAAAGAAACAACAAUACAAAAAAUCGUCCGCCGGUAACGGAGGAAACAGCAACAACAACAGUAACAGCAAGACACAGAACACCCAGCGCCCAUCGUCACCAUCAUCAGCCACGGCUAGUGACGAUUCAACCAACACGCUACAAGAGGAUCACCUUGCGCAAACAAAUUACUACUACGGCUCGGCGUUAUCACCACCUUCCAGCCCAUCGAGGAAAGUGAUUUCAUCUCUAGCUGGUGGCUCCAACGGUCAACCGGUUUCGAAUGGUUCCGCACUCCCACCAGCUUCGUCUCUAUCUUCAUCUUCUUCGCCAUCGCAGACCUCGGCUAUCAAGAUGAAUAAAACCACGAGCUACCAAGGUCGCCUGGAUUUCAGCGGCCGCACUGGUAACGUUCAGCAACGGCACGACAAAAAACACAAUCAAGUAGGAAAUACUGGCGUCGGUCAUGCGAACUCAUCCGUCACUGCCAACGCCGCCACUGCCGCCGGUCCGACAAAACAUGCGGUAAACACUUCACCACUCCGCCAGUAUGUGAAGCUGAAUCUAAGCGAGAAUGAUCUCGUCAAGUACCUCCGCAAGUACGUGCUCGAUAAGGACGUGAUGAAACAGCUCGGAUUCCCAGUUGAGUACGGCUUGGACAUGGAUAAAGCAAUAAUCUAUAAAUUUUCGCACGACUUCUUCCGACCCGCCGCACAGUUUUACCCCCCGGCAGGGGAAGAGAAGAAACGUGCCCAUCAUGAGCGGCUAGUAGCGAGCGACAAAAGUGACGAUAACGACAGCGGCCAAGGAAGUGGCACAUCCUCGCCGACCAAUGUGGACGACAAUGACGCACUGCUCAUGUAUCGACUGUCGUCAAAGUCGACGUCACUUCAGUCGCCACUUGGAGACAUGCAACUGCAGCCGAGUGAAGAGCGAGAGUGCUGUCGCUGUGGGAAAGGAUUCUUCACCACACUGGACGGAGAAUACCUCACGCAGGAGCACUGCAUUUAUCACUGGGGCCGUUUGACGAGGGUUUACAGUGGAUCCGAGUUCAAGAAGGUAUUCUCAUGCUGCAAUGGAGAUUCCGACGUCAAGGGAUGCACAAUCAACAAACUGCACGUAUGGACGGGUCUACUGUCGGGAUUCAAUGGCCCAUUUGAUGGUUUCGUGAAAACAGAACCCUCGCCGAGGAAGUUGAAGAAAUUCGAAAAACUGCUGCUGAACAAAUUCUACUACCAGGACAUGAAUGUCGAUUGCUUGGAGUUGCAACCCGAAGACACCCUGGACGAUGAUGAAAACGACGGCAUCUAUGCCCUCGACUGCGAAAUGUCCUACACGGGCAGAGGCUUGGAAUUGACUAAGGUGACCGUGGUCGCCGUUGAUGGUAGUCUAGUCUACGAGAGGCUUGUCAAACCAGACAUUGAAAUUGUCGACUACAAUACUCGCUACUCGGGCGUAACAGAGGCGGACUUUUCCGACCCGCGCAACUACGCCACACUGAGGCAAGUGCAGAAAGAUCUCCUGAAGUUCAUCUACGACGAUACGAUCCUGAUCGGCCAUUCCAUCGAGAACGAUCUGAAAGUAUUAAAGUUCAUCCACAAGACUGUGAUCGACACGUCCAUUACGUUUCCCCACAUGAACGGUUUCCCGUUCCGGCAGUCGCUGAAAGCGCUCACCAAGAGUAUCCUGAAGCGCGACAUUCAGAUGCAGUCGCAGGGAGGCAGCAUCGUUGCGCAAUCCCAUCUUAUUCAUCAAAAGCAGCAGCACCAUCAUCACAUCAAUGCAGAGCUGGCGGAGUGCGAGAGCAGCACCAGCAGCACCAGCCUCAGUAGUAGUAAUAGUAGUAGUAAUAGUCGGAGUAGUAGUAGUAGUAAUAGUGCUAGUAGCAAUAGUAGUAAUUCAAUCGGCCACUGUUCUCUCGAGGACAGCCGGGCCAGCCUAGAACUUAUGCUUUGGCGCGUACGCAAGGACAAAGCGGCUUAUGACAAUAUCUGGAGUAACAACAUCAGUUGUUAUCGAAUGCAGAAUUAAUUAGAAUGAAAAUUGCUGUGAUUAUACUUUUUUUUUAAUUUAUUAAUUUUAAACCGUCCGUCUCGUGCGGAACAUCACGAGUAACACUUGUUGUAGAUGGUUACUUAAUUAUGUGAUGAAUAAAAGAUACUGAAUAGGGAGCUAUUUUUUCCUCACUUUA